AAGGGUGUGCUCGUGCGUUCUCGUUCGCUCUGAUGGCGAGCGCGUUCGCGACACCUGAGGAAAAGCCGCGCGGAGAGCUGGGCGGAAGAGACAAACCAACCUUUUGCUUAGUGUUGGUGCUCUCGCUCGCGUUCGUACAUAUGUAAGAUACAGAUGAAGUCGGAGUUGAAUUGAAAAUGAAAUGGAAAUGAAAAUACAACCCACCUAUUUUUGUUUCAUUUCAAUGUUAUACGAUUAAGUGAUUCGUUCUCUAAUAUAUAUUUUUAAAACUGUUAUUUAUUAUUCGUGUGACUGCGGCGACGGUUUCUCGUGUGUUUCUCGGUGCUCCGGUACUGCGGCCGUUUCACUGUACUCGCCUGCUGCGACUUGGGAAGACACUGACUGUAAGUGCUUGUGGAAUCGUGUGUUGUGUAUUUUGUGCAAAGUGAGCUGUGGAUGGUUGGAUUUUUUUUUCUUCUGCAUCUUACUCAACCUGAGUGCACACAAGUUGUUUCCAAUCCAAGUGUCCAAGUGCAGACUUGAAAGGAGUCGCCAGUGCCAACUGCGAUUUGGAUUCGAUUGCUAAUUGCGGCGCGUUGGUUGGCGCGAGUGCGUGUCGUGUCCAGUUACCGCCAAUAGCGCGUGGUGCGAAUCGCCGUCGCUUGCUUGGAUCAACGCAAAAAGACAACGAAUUUUGGUGCGUUUUCGGUAUCCGCGGGGGGUGUCCGAAUUCAGUUGAAACAAUUCUUGUGAUCAAUCAAAUUAGCACUCGAGGAAGGUGAAAUCUUCCUGUUGGUGAAAAAUGAUUCGUUGUGGGAAAGGUGAAGAGUUUGCACAAGAAAAAUGAGAUGACAAAGUGGUGUUUAAAUUCAGUGGAAAAGCGGCAAGAAAAUAUGAGAAAUUGAAAAAAAUCUCAGUGAAAUUCAGUGACGGUGGGCUACUCUCCAAGGGAUUUCUUUCUUCCAAAACAUCCGACGAAUUACGAAAGUGAUUAAUUUUCCCUAGUGACCAGUGAUACUGACCAGUCCAAAAGUGUUGCGUGUACGCAAAGAUAUUAUGGACAGUGCAAUGGAUUCGGCCUCGACGACCAGUGAUCAUAGUAUAGCGUCGUCGAACGAUUCCCGGGGUCGCAAUCUGUCCUCUCCAGCGAUGCCCCACGCGCACAAUGGUAGCAGCCACACCCUGGACAAAACGCGAACUCCCACGCCAGUCAGUCCAGUGCAUAAUAGCCACAGCCACAGUUCGAGCUUGAAUCACGCAUCUGCCCGCCAGUUGGCCUCUAGUCCAGCAAUGAGGGACGCCCCGCAAGCAAUGAUGAUGCCACAUCCGCUCAGUCCUCCGCAUGUCUCGACGCCGAGUGCAAUGGCCAUGGUUGGGAUGCCUCCGCGGAUGUCCAAUCUUUCGCACAUUCCGCCACAUGGCCUGGGACUGCUCAACUCCUUCAUGCACCAUGCUAGUCCUCUCGAUCUGAUGGCCGCAGCUCACCAUCAUGUGCCGCCACGAUCGUACAACAGUCCCCCGCCAAUCUCGAGCUCGGACCCAACGGCUAACGAGUGCAAGCUGGUCGACUACCGGGGUCACAAAGUGGCCGCCUUCAUGAUCCAGGGCGAAACGAUGCUGUGUCUUCCGCAGGCUUUCGAGCUAUUCCUGAAGCACCUAGUCGGCGGCCUCCAUACCGUCUACACCAAGCUGAAACGCCUGGACAUUGUGCCGCUGGUGUGCAACGUCGAGCAGGUCCGCAUCCUGCGAGGCCUCGGUGCUAUCCAACCCGGUGUUAACCGAUGCAAGCUGUUAUCCUGCAAAGACUUCGACGUCCUGUACCGGGACUGUACGACGGCCAGAUGCUUAUCGAUAAAACCACCUGAGAGUAACUCUCUGCUAUCGCACAGUUCUAGGCCCGGCAGACCCCCGAAGCGAGGCCCCGUGGGACUUUCGAUGCCCGGAACGCCGAUGUCGCACCAUGCCGCGGCCGCUGCUGCCGUUGCCGCCUCCCAGAUCAAGAAGCACCGCCUGGACAACGGGGAGUUCGUGUACGAGAACGGUCAUCUGAGUGAUCUGCAACGCAUGGACAAAUCGCCUCUGCUGGCCAACGGAUACAACGCACCUCCCACGCAUCUCAACCACCUGCCGUUUAUGCAAAUGAACCCACACGGACCGGGAGGCGGUCAUCCGUUGAUGAGCCCGGGGGUCAAUCCACACGCCAUACAGCGGCCCGAUGGGUCAAUCAUCAAAGGACAAAAUAUUCCCGGCAUGGAGGCUAUCGCGAGAGCGGCUUACGAAGACAUCGUCAAACAUCUGGAGAGGCUACGAGAAGAACGAGGCGAGGACCGGGUGCACGCUAGCAUGGAACCAAAACCACGUGAUCUCAGUUCCCAAAAUGGUACGUUCUCAAUUCCUUCGGCUGAUUCCCCACACGGUGCCAGUCCGGUGCUGAACCUGUCGAAAUCCGGUGGCGAUCAGGCAAGCGGAGGUGCCCCCAGCGAACGGAGCAACCAAAAUUCGCCCGAGCCGUCGGUCCACGAGGAGGACGACAACAUGAGUGAGGCUAAUAUGUCCGAUGGCGAGGAGCCGAACGAGAAGGAAGAUGAUAUCAGCGACUGCGAGCGGGACAUAACCUCGCCGAUGCCGGCAACGGUUCCGGUUUCGCAGGAGAUGGACAGCCGCCAACAGGCAGCCCUCAACUAUUCGAGUCUGGCGGCGACGGCUGCGGCUGUGGCCGUCGGUAGCGUUCCGUCGGCACAGGAUCCGGUGCUUUCGUCGACGGAAACGCUGCUCCGAAACAUCCAGGGGCUGCUUAAGGUGGCGGCCGAUAAUGCCCGCCAACAGGAGCGGCAAACCAGCUACGAGAAAGCCGAACUGAAGAUGGACGUAAUCCGAGAGCGUGAAGUCAAAGAUUCCAUGGAACGCCAGUUGGCCGACGAAAAGCGACUGAGAGGGCUUUACCAGAAACGAUUCAAAAAGGAGCGGCGGCUGCGGAUUCAGCUCAAGGAUCGACUGGAUGGCGAACGGAAAAGGCGAACCCAGCUGGAGGAGAUCAUCAAGGCAGCCGGGGCGCCAACCGAAGCGUUGCGGAUUAUUGCCGAAAACAUCAGCAACGACGAACAACGCGAAAAGGAACGCGAACGGGAGCGCGAGGCAGAACGCGAACGCAUUAAGGAGCGUGAAAAAGAUCGCUCCGGAUCGAUGUCCGGUGGCAACGGUGGAGGCAGUGAAGGCAAACUGCGGGACAAGAUGACCGGCUCAGAUUCACGCGAUCGCAACGAACGAGGAACCGAUUCGGAUCGCAUGCGCUCGGAACGGGAGAUGGACCGGGAUCAGAUACGAUCGCAGCGGGAUCAGGAACGCGAUCGCGAACGUGGAGGACGUGGCUCCUCUGUUGAGCGAUACUCCAAGGAGGGUAGCCCGGUGCGGUCCUCGCGAGGCGCCAGUCAGGAAGUUUCGCCCCCGCAAGCCCAGAUCCCCGAGGGCAAACCCUGGAACUAUCCCGGCCUGGACAUCAUGGCCACCGGAGCCUUCUGGCAGAACUAUUCAGAAUCCCUUGCUCACGAGCUGGAGCUGGAGCGAAAAGUUCGGCAACAGGCAGCCGAGGGAGAUGUGAAGGGACCUCUUCAGGAUCGCUCGAAUUACUACAAAAAUUCGGUGCUCUACAGUAGUGCUACUUAGUCACGACAAUUUGGACACGUGACAGAACACUUGUCAUCGGCAUCGGCGUUCUUCUCUCGACAGCGUCAGAUGCCGCUAGAAUUGUCACAAUCACCCUAUUAUCACCACCAUCAACAUCACUAUUCGUCGCCUACUGUUGUUGCAAAUUUGUAAGUACAUUUUCCUCCUCUUUUUUCGGCAGUGGUCCUCGUAUAAAAUGACAACCAGCAUAGAAAAAUCUAUAAAUAUUCUGAACAGCAACACACGAUACAGUAAUUCGAAUGUCACACACACAAACUAGAUCAGAAAUGUAUGUGCAAUUAUUCUACUAAAACAAUAACAAGAGAAAAUGAAAAAAAAACUACAGAGAAAAACCAAUACAGAUUACACUACAAUUGCAAAAUUGAAAACCAUCUCCUUAACAAAUAUUUUUUUCAGAGUUCAAGAGUUAUAUGUACAGUUUGAGAAGUAACAUUAGUAUCCAUUACAAAGAGAAAUGUACACGAACAUCAAAAGCAUACAUUUUCACCCUUUCGAUCUCAGUAAUUUUUCAAGAAUUUAAAUAUCAGAAAGAGAAAACAGAAUCUUUGGUUUCCCUUCUAUUUCUAUUUGAAGCAUUUAUUUAUCCACACACUCACAAACAAUUUCAUGCUAAAGUUAUAUGAAAAAUCCCGGUCCCGAGAGGUAGGAUUGGAGGAAAGGUAAAAUGUACAGAUCGAUUCAAAGAGAAGAAUACAAACACUUGAAAGUAUGUUUAAAAAAAACCCAAUCAGCCAUAUAGGUUUUUAUCAAUCUACAAACAUAUAUUGUAAGACGAGAAAAAAAAGUAUUUCUAGAAAGGCAAUUUGUCCGCACUAAAAUGAGAGCAAAAAAUGGCAAGCAAAAAAACUCUUUUCGAUACGAGCCCGUACUGUGUAUUUGAUAUAAAUGAAUAAACACGAAAAAUUAACAAAAAAAUUAGUCUAAUAUUACUAUGGUAUAAACAGAAACAACAUAUUUAAACUGAAACCUUUGAUAAAAGCAAAGUUAUCGAAAAUAAAAAAUCAAGAGUCUCGUUUUCGUUUGUUGUCACUCUUAGAAAACACUGAAAAAAUAAACCAACAGUGACACAAACAAGUGUAAAAAAAAGAUUAAAAACCAGACGGUUUGGUUUGAUUGCUUUGUCUUCUAUUUAUUUGUUGCUAAUUUAGGUAAAUGAAAAACAAACGAGAAACAAAAUCAGUGAUAUAAUGUUCUUUUUUCUAUAUAAGUAUUAAAAAAAUAUUUUUUUUACCUUAUCGAAAAUAUCUUCCCUGUACAAAGCUAGCAGUAGUAUGUGUUAAGCACAAACGUAAGCAUAAUAAAACAUAUACAUACAUACAAUAUAUACAAUUGAAGGUAAGCACAAACCACUUAUGUAUUUCACUUCACGCAUUUAAAUGUGAACCAAAUUGUAAGGCCCGAGAGAUUGUCGACUUAUUUAUUUUUUUAAAUAAAUUGUUUCAAACAGCUUAGACCCAUUCUACCGAGUGAAGCAACAUUGAACAUUUAUGAAAACAGAAAUCAAACGACAACAACAACACACACUGAAACAUAACACGCUAUUUAUCGCUACAUAAUGCUGUAUUUAUAUGAAUGAACGCUACAAACAUAAACCGGUAGAAACAUAGGUAAGGUCGAUUGUAUUUAACGAUAGCGAAUGGAUUAAAGGAUUAAAAGGAAGAAAAAAAAACAAGUGGAAAUAACAAUAACAGACACACGCAAACGCAUGUUUCCAAAUUAUUCGCAACGAAUAAUUUCUGUUUUUAUGUUUCUAUAAGGACUUAAUGUUAGUUGAAAACUGGUUAGCGGUGAAAAAGAAAAAAAAACACAAGCAAAACAGAAAACAGUGACAUCAGUUAUUUGAACAAAAACUUAUUGAACUUUGCGAGAAAAAAAGUAAAAAAAUCAAACGAAAAAGAAUCCAGUCAAACACAUUUUUAAAACACAAACACACACACACAAAUUCAUGAAUCGAGUACAUAUAAUACUGUCAAGAUUAUUAUUAUUGUGACGAACAUUGAUGAGAAAGAAAG